AAGCAAGUUGAGGGAAAAGACUCCCUGAAGAAGAGCUGGAGAGCAGUCCUCAAACCCUACUUGCUUUAGGUGAAGGACAGAAGCCACACCACUUGCUUUAGCCUAAAAGCAGCCCCCAAGUCCUGGAGAUACACUGGUGGUUGAGCUGAUCUUUCAGAGGCAGCAUGGACAUCAAGGAGUAUUUUGCCAGAAUUUCUUACCGGGGCUCCUAUGAUAAGCUGGACCUGGCUACCUUGACAGAUAUAUUCCAACACCACAUCCGAGCAGUCCCUUUUGAAAACCUCAGCAUCCACUGUGGGGAAAGCAUUGAAUUGGACCUGGAGGCAUCCUACAACAAGAUAGUGAGGAGGAACCGUGGGGGCUGGUGCAUGGAAAACAACCACCUUUUGUCUUGGGUCCUGAAAACCCUUGGCUACAAUGUUACCCUUCUGGGAUCCAGAGUUUAUGUCCCAGAAUAUGAUGCAUAUGCAGAGGAAAUGGAUCAUCUGCUGCUAAAAGUGGUGCUCGAUGACAAAUCCUACAUCGUGGAUGGUGGGUUUGGCAUGGCCUACCAGCUGUGGGAGCCAAUGGAGCUGAUUUCAGGGACAGACCAGCUGCAGAUUCCUGGGAUCUUUCGCUUAGUGGAGGAGAGUGGGGUCUGGUACCUCGAGAAGGUGAAAAGAAAGCAGUGGGUUCCAGACCAAAGCAUCUCCACUUCUCAUAACGUGGACAAAGAAGUUUGCCGUCGGGUUUAUCUCUUUACCCUUCAGCCACGAGACAUCGAGGAGUUCAGACCCAGCAACACCCACCUGCAGACAGCACCAGACUCCCUGUUUGUGACAAAGUCUAUCUGCAGCCUGCAGACUGUUGAUGGUGUCCGGGCUCUGGUGGGGUGGAAACUCACCGAGAUCAAGUACAAUUUUAAGGAUAACAUGGAUCUGGUGGAGAUCAGAAUCCUUGCAGAUGAAGAAAUAGAGAAAACACUGAGAGAGAAGUUCAAUAUAACACUAGACAAGAAAUUUGUACCCAUUAACACAAGCAGGUUGUCGCUGUUUUAACUCACAGCCUGAAUUAUAAUUCAAUCCAGUGGCAUUACAUGCAAUCCUUCCCCCUAUUUCUGACAAGCAUCUAAAGGUUAAGCUUUCUCUUCCCAUCUGCACCAGCGUAAGGCAGAACGUAUUAGCAUGAAUCUGGAAAAGAAAUUGAUUUUCACAACUGCUCCUGCAUCUCUUUUUUGGUUUGGGUACAACUAAUUUCUUCCUGGCUCAAUCAAAUCACUCUACUUCUGUUCAUGCUUAGCUGGAAGCAGACUUUGCCCAUUCCCUACUCCUUUCAUCUCUUAAAAGCUUUUCCAAGUACACCCAGAGUAGCAAGGCAGAGUGAUGGAGCUGCAAGUCUCUCUCUUUAUUACUUUGUGCUGCCACCUGGGGAAAAUCAUACCCACCUCUUAAAUGAAUACCACAUUAUUUUUGGAAUUUAAUGGCUUGAAAAACAAAGACAUCCAGUGCUGGGGUUUCUACAUCAACGUGUAAGUCUGUUCUUUUUGUUCUUGCAGUCCCAGCACCCUCUCAGGUGGCAGUCUGGCACACCUAUGCCUCUGUCGUGCCAUGUGAAUACCUACAGACUGGCUAUUUGUGGCCUAAAACUGAUGAUGAAAAAUAUUAGUAGACAAUUUGGUCUUGUUUCAGGCUUUACACAUCUCCCAUUCUCUCAGUGACACAAGCAAAGAGCAGCAUUUCUUUGAACUGGAAGCAUCUCUCAUGAGUUUUGUUUGCUCUCACCCAGCCUGCUUCUCAGAAGAGUGCUGCACUUCUCCGAGUGUUAUGGAACAUUAAUGAUCAUGGCUGAACUCAAGCACAGGCACAGAAUUACUUUGCUGAAACAUAUCUGUUCUGCUGAGGAUGUGUUUGCAGUGAUACUAAUUAUAUUGAUAUAAGGAGAAAUGAUGAAUCUUAAUCAGAUACCUAAAGGCUAAGAAUUUUAGUAGGAGAAAUCACUCUGCUGUAAUCACUUUACCCUUUGAGAUGAUGCUUGAUGUUCCUUUAUGUACAAAUCAUGGAAGCAUUACAACUAUGCAUUUACCAUUACAAUUAUAUAAGUGAAUAACAAUUAAAUGAAAAACCCUUCAAGAAUCACGAAGUGGAAGCAUUCAGCUGGGUUUCCCCCCAAAUUUCAAUGUGU